AUGUACUCCACCCUCGACGGGGACUGGGACGUCACCGACGUCACCGAUGUCACUGUGCGGAAAGUCAACUAUACAGGGGAUACCGCCCAAAAGACCGUCACCCGCCGCCUCCGCCUGGCCUGGACACGCUCACCCCCCUGCGCCGACUUCUCCGACAAAGAUAUAUGGAUGGGAGAAGAAGACAACGAGCGCUGCGAAGAAUCGAACCCAAACCCGAACCCCGACACACAUACACUACAUACCCCCUGGCGAAACCGCAUCUACUACCUCUGGAACCACCUGUUCUACGACGCAUCAAAGUUCAUGAGCAAUACGUACGGCGUGGGGCAUCUGCACCCGCCGAACUCGGCGGUGCUGGGGGUGGAGUUUCCACGCACGUAUGGGACGGAGGAUAGGGAGAAUGUACGGGCCGCAACGGUGGUGUGGGAGACGGAGGUGUUGGUGUUGCCGGCGUACUUGGCGCCGGAUGUUGUCGUCCGGGUAGAGACGUAUUCGCGGGGAUGGGAGGAUGGACAGAUGCGCGACGUGGUGAAGCUGAGGGGCCGGUUCAGUCGGGAAAAUUGGGCUGAAGUGUGGUAUAUGGCUCGGGGGUUGGAGACGCGGUUCUAUAUCGAAGGCGAUUGGAGGCCGAGUGACGAGGAUGAGAAGGGCUUGGCGGCGGUGAUGGUGUAUGGGAAGUUGGAUGGGGAUUGUGCUGGGAAGAGGGAGUCGAAUGAUGAGUCUGAUAGCGAGGGUAGUGAAAACUAA